ACCUUCUCUUUUCUCACCCAAAAAAACGAAAGAAAGAAAGAAAGAAAGAAAAUCCCUCUUUUUGCAGCUGAAAAAUGGGUCUCAAGAAUCCAGCAGAACAAGCUGUAAUCCUCCUUCGAUCAAGGCUUUGCAACCCCAAUUUCAUCUUCACCCUUUUCUCAGAUUCUCCCGACAGCAACUACAGCAAAUUGAAAUAUAUAAUCUCAAGCUCAGUGACUGAGUCAUGUAAUAAUUCAGUUCUGCUUCUUGGCCCGCGUGGCUGUGGAAAACUUGCUGUUUUAGAGCUGGUUCUUGAAGAUUUAUUGAGAGAGUUCCCUGAUAUGAUAUCCGUGAUUAAGCUCAAUGGACUUUUGCACAGUGAUGACAAUUGCGCCUUAAAGGAAAUUGCUAGGCAACUGUGUUUGGAGCAUCAGUUGGCAUUCUCAAAAAUGGCAUCAUCUGAUGAAAAUUCCCAAUUUCUAAUAGCGAUGCUUCGGGAGUGUGGAUUGGCACAUAAAACAGUACUUUUUGUACUUGAUGAGUUUGACCUGUUUGCACAGGGCAAACAACGAUUGCUGUAUAGUUUACUAGAUGCUAUGCAAUCUGUGACAUCACAAGCUGUUGUAAUAGGUGUGAGUUGCAGAUUGGAUGCUGAUCAGCUAUUGGAGAAAAGAGUAAGAUCUCGUUUCUCUCAUAGAAAGUUGUUGUUUCUUCCUCCUUCACGAGAAGAUUUGCAAAGACUUUUGGAGCACGCAUUGCUGUUACCAUCUGGUUCAGAUUUACCUCAUGAGUUUGUGGCUAAUUUCAACUCUAAGCUUCUUAACAUAUUUGCAGAUAAAAUGUUCAAAGACAUCAUGGAUACAGUAUUCAAUACAGACUCAACUUUCAAACAAGUACUGACGUUCCUGUUUUCUGCACUUUGUCACCUGGAUCUGAAACGUGGCUUCUUAUCAGUUGAAAAUUUUAAAGAUGCACUAUCGAAUAUACAAAGACAGCCAAAGCUGGAGUGUUUGAAAGAUUGUUCAAUACUGGAACUAUAUAUUCUUGUUUGCAUGAAGCGGUUGGAAGUGAGAGAACAUGAAACUUGCAACUUCAACUCUAUAAUGAAAGAGUACAAAAGCAUUCAUGAUUCAUUCCAAACAACAGAUUAUUAUGCAAGGGAUGUAUGCCGACGGGCAUUUGAGCACCUUCUACAGCGUGAACUGAUCUCAUUUUUGGACAACAGAGGUCAUGGCCAUUCUAUUGAAUUUCGACCUGUUAAGCUACUCAUUUCAUGGCAAGAACUUUAUCAAGGACUCAAAUCAUAUGGUUCUUGUCCUGCAAUACUUUAUAAACUAGUCGAGCGUGAAACGACUACUUGAUGGCAUUUCCCUCUGGUAAGGUGCAGCGUGCACCUUUGUUUGUAAAUGAAGAUAGACAAGUCCUCUGUUGUGACAACUAGAAGAACUGUCAAAAGAUGUCACCUUUUCUGUAAGUGUAAUAUAACUCUUAUGACACAUGCAGUUCGUUUCAAAGAUUCUGUAACUUGAAUGUCUAGGCUACCAUGAGACAAGGACUGAGGGCUGCAAGUCUUUUCUGUUUUGAGUGGAUGAUCUAUUGUGCAUCAAUAGAAGAUAAAAUUUAAUCUUCA